UUCUUCUCUUGUCAGAUUUCCCCCAUUCAGUCUUUCUUCCUCUCUGAGUCUCCCACUAUGAAGCUUGGGUUAAAUCUUUUUUAUCUGAUUUUUUGUUGCGUCAAGGUUUCUCUGUUUCUGGAUUUCUGUCCGGCGUCGUGUCAGUGUGAUCUCAAUGUUUUGGGUGUUUCCUGUUUCAAUUCUGAAGUUCUGCCGCUCUUUCCCUCCAGCACUGAGGAGGUGUAAGUUCAUACAAUUGAAUCUGCCUUCGACCUCUUUCUGUUUACACUGUUUUUCUUUGUGUUUAAACUGACUAGAUUUCCAUUAUUCUCUUGACUCUGUUUGAAUUUAUUGCAUUUAUGUUAACUAACCUUGGUUCAAUCCAGAUGAAAAGUCAAACAUUAAAUCCUGAAUUAAUACAGACUUAACAUCUUAAAUAUCAGUUUUUUUUUAAUUAUCCAGACUAACAGUCUUGAUAAGAGUUUGAAUUUAAUCCAGAUUUGGAGUCUAAAUUUCAAUCCUAAUUGGAUCUAAAUUUAAAGUCUAGGUUUUAUCACUGAUUUAGUACAGACAGUCCUAACAACAAUCCAGAUUUACAGCUUUAAUUGAAAUCCUGAUUUAACCCAGACCUGAAAUCUCAAUUUCAAUCUUGGUUUAAUCCAGACUUUUAGUCAUAACUGAAUCUUGUGUAUUACAGGAUAAUUGAAAUCUUGAUUUAAUCCUGAUGAAUUAUCUAAAUUCAAAUCCUGAUAUUAUACAGAUUUAGAGUUUCAAUUUUAAUUCUGAUGUAAUCCUGACUCAUGGUUUUACACUUGAAUCUGUGAUGAAUCUGGAUUUAAAAACUAAGAGUCUAAAUUAAAAAUCUGAUUUAAUCUAGACAGUCAGUCUUCAUUGAAACUUGGAGUGAUGUGGUGAUGAGUAAAUUCUUAAUUAAUACCAUGAUUUGAUUCGGUGCAAUUGUCUAAAUGUAUAUUUAGAUUUAAUCCAGACCUAAAUUCUAAAUUCUAACCCUAAAUUAAUCCAGACUCAUCGUUUUUGAUUUUAAUCUGGAUUUAAUCCAGAUUUAUAGUCAGGGCUCUGUCUCUUUCUCAGGUGGCUUGUUGGAAUGAAACUUUCUUCUAUUCCUGAGAAAGCUUUCCAUAACCUGACCAACAUUUCUCACAUGUAAGAUAUAAUUUUUUAUUGAUUUCAUUCAUUUAUUUUUUGAGCAGAUUAAAAGCAAAGGGAACCUACUGUGUAGUUUAUAAUAUAGAAAAGAGUUUAAGAAUUUGAUAUGUAUAUUUUAUAUAUAUACAUUAUAUUUAAACUUACAGGGGGAAUCACCCAGAGAACAUUAAGAUUUUAAUGUUAACAUUAAACUGUAAGUGUUGUAAAGAAAUAGGGUAAAUAUAUAUUUUUGUUCAUGCUUCCUUUCUGUUUGUUUUCAGAUAUAUCUCCGAUGAUGAGACUUUACAGUCCGUGGAAAGACACGCCUUCUUCAACCUGUCACGACUUACACACAUGUAGGAAAUACAAAUGAUUUUUUCUUUCUAUAAUGUGUAGUUAGUGUGUUUUGUGUGUGUAUUAUACACAAGACCAGGGGUUGGUGUUAGGGUUACGGCCUUAUUCAGAGUGAGCAUGUGCACCAUUUUCAUACUGAAGGUCAAGUUAUAUUUGCUGGGGUCAGAGAGAGGCUGUGAAGUGGACGUCCCAAAAAGACGACACCCCAGAGAAGACUGUUUCAGCACUCAGAAACUGUAGGCUGUCUUCAAUGAAUUUGCAGUCAAGGUCUCUCUGGACGUGGAGACGGCUCUCAGCCCAGACAAUCCAGAGCAGACUGCAGACAGCCAAUCCCCGGUCUCACAGGGUUGCCAGGAGGCCUGCUGGUGUCAGCAACUCAUGCACUGGAUCCUUAACAUGUCAAGGAAAAUUAUAUUCAGCAAUGAGUCCAGAUUCUGCCUGGAGUAGUUGGGUCACCAGGUCAAAGUGUGAAGUGGAGGCAGAGUGAUGUUGUGGGGCAGUGUCUCUCAAAUCGAGGCUUGUCAUCAUUGGAGGCAAUCUUACUGCUGUGAUGCUAUUUGGAUUGGCAGAGUGUAUUAUGUGUAUUAUAUAAAGUUUUAGUGUGUGCUGUUUGUGUAUUUUAUGGGAGUGUGUAUCAAAUGCAUGUGUGUUUUUGUGUGUGCUGCAGACAGCUGGCUGGGAUAAAAACUUUGUCUCACAUCGAUAAAGAGGCGUUUAAGGACCUUCCACAUUUAAAGUAUCUGUGAGUAGUGUUUGUGUUAAUCUAUAACAGAAAUACAUUUUAAAUUUAGCAGCAUUAGAGAUUAUUGAUACUGUGAGAGUAUUAUCUUUAUAUACAGAUAUGACUGUUUUAAUGUAUUUACAAACAGAGGGAUCAUGAACACGGGGCUGAUGUCUUUUCCUGAGCUCCAGUUCAUUCAGUCCAAACAGGAGGAUUUUAUUUUGUAAGUUUCAUCAAAAUAACUGUUUUUAAAGUCGCUUUGGUCCCUGAAAUCGUUUUAUUAAUGAAAUAUUUUGUGUCUGUCUGUCAGGGAGAUUGCGGAAAACGUCUUUAUUGAGGUGAUUCCUGCAAACGCUUUCACUGGAAUAUCAGACAAACCACUCAUCCUGUAAGUUUUAUUAAAAUAUUAAAAUAAUGACAUUUUUUAAACCAUACCUGUUAUCCUGCAUCUCAUCUGCUCUUUAUGUUUGUAUUCAUUUAACUUUUACUCCAGGGUUAAUUUCUGCCAAUAUUAGGAGUUAAAAAGAAACAUUUCAAUGAUUAAAAAAAACUAUUAAAUUCUCUUCUUUUACGACAUAUAUAUAUAUUUUUUACUUUAACCACAUAAUAAAGAGGUCAUCCAAUAAAGACAGAUGAUUUUUUAAUGGAAACCUGUGAAAUAAAAUCAGAUGUCUGUACAGGAGGUGAGGUUUACUAAGUGAUACAGGAGUGAAAACAGAGACAGAGUUUUAACAGUUUGGGGAUAUAAACAAUAAACCAUUUUUUCUGUCUUUCAGUAUGUUGAACAGCAAUGGUGUGAAAGAGAUCCAACAAUAUGCCUUCAAUGGCAGCAGCCUGGAGGAAGUGUACGACUUUUCAAACAAUAUUAGUGUCACAAAGACCAAAACAAACAGAGACAAGUGCAUGUAUCGUUUAAAAAUGCUAAACAUCUGUGAUUUUAAGACUGAACUGUUUUAUACAAAUGUGCUUAUUGUUUUGGCCUCCUGAAAAACCUCAGUUUGCUUGUAUGAAGUCAUUUGGCUCAGGAGGAUCUGUGUAUCUCUCCUCAAACUCAUCCUCUCGUUGAUUUUUAUCCCUCAGCUAUCUUCACAGGAACUUGGAUUUGACACAAAUCCAUGAAUUUGCAUUUCAUGGCGUCAUUCAGGGCCCAACUCACCUGUGAGUACCUAAAAUAAAGCUGCUUCAAAGACGAAAAAAGGACAAGCUGCAGAUUCCUGAAGUGAAUGAAUGUUUCCUCUAGUUUUUUAUUCAGGGACCUUUCAGUGUCUAAAGUUAUCUCUUUGUUCACUCUUGUAUUUCAGGGACCUUUCAGAGACCAGCGUACAUGCUCUGCCCUCAGUCGGUAUGGAAACCAUUGAGAAGCUUCGAGUUAAAAACACUUGGACCCUGAAAGCGCUGCCUCCUCUUAGAGUUUUCCUCCACUUACAGAGCGCUGAAUUAACCUUCCCGAGCCACUGCUGCAGCCUCACAAAGCUCCGCAGAUGGAGAGGGUGUGUCUGAAGCUUCAAGAGUUCCCCAAAUAUUUCCCUCUUAGUUCCUUUCAUCUCAGUUUCAGACUCUACUCAGAGCAUUAGAGUUAGUGGUAGAGGGCUAAAUAAACAGGCUUUUCACUGUUAUUAAUGUAGUUUAUCCAGUAGACAGUCUUUUUAGGGUCAACCUUAGAUGUAGUUCAUAAGCAGUGACCACACUCUCUGUUUUCACUCUUUUUAGUUCUUCAGAGAGUAUCAUUGUUUUACUCUGAACUCUAACUCUUUAUUAUCUGUGCUGCAGAGACUCAGAGGUUCUGAUCUACAACCUGAGCUGGAUGGAUUUUGGAAAUGAGCAGAAGUUUUCGUCUGUAAUCUAUCCGGAGAAUCAGAAAGUUUAUGAACACCAAACAGAGAGCUCCGGACUCCCCACAGCCUUCAGCACCAAUCACAGCCAUGAAAACAGUCGCAUCUGUCUGGGUGGAGCGACUCAUGGCGAGGAUUUGUUUCUUGUGGACUCUCAGAUGGAUCAUCUGGGCAAAAGCGUCGACCUGGCUCUUUGUAAUAACCUCCUCUCAGACGGGCUCUCCUGCUCGCCGCUCCCUGAUGCCUUGAACCCGUGUGAAGAUGUGAUGAGUCGAGGGUUUCUCAGGGUGCUGGUCUGGCUCGUCAGUUUGUCGGCCAUCUUGGCCAACCUCUUGGUGAUGGUCAUCCUGCUGAUCAGCCGACAGAAGGUGUCGGUGACACGCUUCCUCAUGGGUCACUUAGCAUUUGCAGACUUCUGUAUGGGGAUGUACUUGCUGUUGAUUGCGUCUGUAGACCUCUACACACGAUCCCAUUAUGACCAGUACGCCAUUUCCUGGCAAACUGGGAGCGGCUGUAAGCUCGCAGGGACUCUGUCUGUGUUUGCCAGCGAGUUAUCUGUUUACACGUUAACCUUAAUCAGCCUUCAACGCUGGCACGCCAUCUUCUAUGCCAUGAGGCCGGACAGGAAGCUCCGACUCCGGCAUGUGGCUGUGCUGAUGCUGAUUGGCUGGUUGCUGUGUGCGGUCCUUGCUCUGCUACCUGUCGCAGGUGUGAGCAGUUACCAGAGAGUGAGCAUCUGUUUACCCAUGGACACAGAGAGCGCCGCCGCUCGGGUCUUCGUGGUCACUGUGCUCCUGGCCAACGUGAUGGCGUUCAUCGUUGUGUGUCUCUGUUACCUGCACAUUUACUGCAUGGUGCACAAUCCUCAGCACCUGUCCAGCAGGUGUGACACCAGCAUGGCCAAACGAAUGGGCGUCCUCAUCUUCACCAACUUCCUGUGUCUGGUUCCCAUCUGCUUCUACGGUUUGUCUGCAGCGCUCCAUCAGCCCCUGAUCACCGUCACUGAUUCCAAGGUUGGGCUGCUCUCUGAUUCUUAUCACUCUGAAAAAUUGACACCUCAACUUAUUAAAACUGUCCCAAACUGUUCAUAGAUUUAACAUAUCCACACGUUCUCCUCCACAGGUUCUGCUGGUGCUCUUCUAUCCUCUUAACUCGUGUGCACACCCUUUUUUUUACGCCAUCCUGACAAAGGCGUUUCAUCGAGACAUCCUGACGCUGCUGAACCGGGCGGGUCUGUGUCAGCAGAAAGCUUGCUGUGUUCGCAGACGGUGUUUCUCCCCACGUCCACAGAGAGACCAAACUCAGACCCCACAUCCUGAACCCUCACAGGAUGAGAAAAAAGUCCAAAAUGCUCAGACUCAAACUAUGACAUAAGUCUCAGUGACUCUUUGAAAUGAUCGACCCUUCAUUGUCAGAAUCACUCUUGAGUGUUAUUUAUCCUCUGAAGAUUUGUAGCCUGAUUUUACUGUAAACUCUGAUUUUAAAAUAGUCUUACUCUUAAACUGACACCUUUUAAUGACCUUUGAUUAGUUAUUUGUUUAUUCCUAGUUGUAGUUCAUGUGCUGCUUCUUCUCAUUAAAGCCUCGAUCUUGUUUUUUGUCUCUCAUCCUGGUGUGUUUGUUCAGAGCUCUGCUGA